AUGCAUGGGUACUAUGGUCAAAAGUACAGAUCUGUGGCUAUAAACUCAAUAGAGAGGCCGAUGUCGAUUCACGACUUCGCGGUGACGGAGAAGUACGCCGUGAUACCGGAUAUGCAGAUCGUGGUGGAUCUGUGGCUGAUUGUGAGGGGGAGGUCGCCGGUGGGGGUGGAUCGGGAGAAGGUGGCGAGAUUAGGGGUUAUUUCGAAGUAUGCGGAGGAUGAGGCAGAGAGCGUGUGGAUUGAGGCUGCGGGGUUUAAUCCGCUGCACUGCGUGAAUGCGUGGGAUGAAGACGGCGGCGACACGGUGUGCGUGGUGGAGACGAAUGCGGCGGCAGUGGAUCGGUUGAUGGAAAACAUUGAUUGUGCGGAUAUGACGAUGGAGAUGGUUGUGGUGGAUGAAAUGGCAUGUUAUUAG